AACUGCGCAUGCGCUGUCAGACUCAGUCUGUUGACAAAUGUGACCAACCAUCUCUUUCCCGUUCGGUAUUUCUUUGCCCUAAUGAAAUAAAAUGUGACUUUACUAGAUUUUCUCCACAAAGAGGCGUUUUGGGUGAAUUCCUCAUGAACUUCUAAGUCUGAUCCAGACGUAACCAUGCUGAAGUGGUUUUCCGGCGAAGAGGGAGAUCCCGGUUCUGGAAGCCCGGGCUCCCCCGACGGCGGUGCCGCUGGAGGUGGAGAUGUUCCUGUGGAGGAGAUGGCCGAAAGGCUGACCCAAACCGAGCAUCUCGUUGCUCAGCUGAAGGAGAUGAUCCGGGAAAAAGAAGCAGCCCUUCGCUCCAAAGAUGACCAGCUGAAGGUGGAAAAGGAGGCCUGUGAAGCCAAGCUUUCCAAGCUGCGCCUCCAAAACAAGGCCAAAGUAGCAUCGCUGACGUCUCAGGUGGAGGAGCUGAAGAAACUGCAGGGAGACCCCGGAACGCCGACACACAGCAAGAAGGGUUCGUCAGACGGAGAUCAUGCAAGUCGGGGAAAGAUCGUCUUACUGAAGAAGAAAGUUGAGGAACUUGAGCAUCAGCUCACACAAAGAGACCAGGAACUGGAGGAAAAGAGGAGAGAGUUGGAUCUCCAGCGCCGGCGUGGCGAGGAGAUCGACACCAUGCUGACAGAGAAGGACAAGAGGCUGGCAGAGAAAGAGGCCUACAUUGUCCACCUGCAGACUGGAUUGGCUGGAGGUCCUCUCAUCACACAUGCUCCACAGCAGACGCAGGGGGUUGAGGACAGCGGAGAGGUGCCGGAGCUCCAGGUGUUGCUGCAGAGUCUGACCAAGAAAGUUGGAGAAACAGAAGAACGGUACAGUCUGCUGCAGGAGCAGACGGACAGCCUCAAAGACCUGCUGGCCUCUGAGAGGCAGCAGUACAGCCAGAAGGAGAACAUGUACAAGCAGAACAUCCAGACUUUCAAAGACAUCAUCCUUCAGAAGGAUAAUCAGCUGAUGGAGGUCAACCAGAUGCACGAACAGGAGCUCUUUAAGCUAGCAGCCAAGUCGGAUGCCAGCGCAGACCUGGAGCAGCUUCUAAAGGCUCUAAAGCAGAAGCUUCAUGAGAAGGAGGAGGUGCUGCUGGGUAAAACGCAGGUCAUCGACGUUCUGCAGCAGGAGGUGGAUGGAAGGGACCAGCAGAUCAUGGAGCUCACAGAGCACCUACGUCGGCUAAAAGUAGAACGAGAGAACCUAGAAUCCAAGAUGGAGGCAGAGAAGCAUGUGAUGCGAGCGCAAGUCCGCGACCUGAUGGAGAAGCAUCAGAUGGAGGUGCAGAGGAUGACGGAGCAGCAUCAGGCACAGGUGGAGCAAAUCCAGCAAGACCUGCUGGGGCAGCUGGAGGAGCUGAGGAGAACCUCGUUAACAUCGGUGUCUGUCAGCGAGGAGGUCUCAGGAGGUGGUGAUCCAGCCUCCACCCAGAGGAUCGCUGAGCUGGAAGCUCAAACUAAACAAAAAAUCGAAGAAGCCAGCAGGUCAGAGGCCAAGUUCCUAAAAAUAAAAGCUUGGUCAAAAUCUCGAAUCAGACAACUGGAGGAGGAGCUGAAGAAAAGCCAGUCCGGAGCUGCACCUCCUGAGCUGACGGCGCUGCGGAGUCGGAUCACGGCUCUGGAGGAGGAGAGGGAGGAAAACCAGUGGAAGGUGGAGCAGUACGAGGAGCUGAAAGCAAAAUCGGACAUGCUGGAGGCGAAGCUGGUUUUAUACGAGGAGCAGCAGAGGACACUGCAGGCGGAGCUGGAACAGUUCACCAAGAGAGCAGCUUCUCAGGCCAGCGAGUCCGGCAGUGCUGAUGACACCCAGAGCAAGGUUCUGGAGUGGCAGGAGAUGGUGGCCGAGGCGGUCAGCACCAGGGACCGGGCCCGGGAGGAGAAGGCGGCCAUGACCCUCCGGAUCAGCCACCUGGAGGAGGAACGAGAGGCACUGGCCACUCGGCAGCGGGAGUUGGAGGAGGAGCUGGCUCAGUCGCGGGGGCUCGGCCGACUCGGGGUCAAGAAGCUGGCGGCUCCGGCCCAGCGAAGCCUGCAGGAGGAUUUUGAGUUUGACGCUCAGAGCUCCUUCCAGGACCCGCAGAGCACCUCGGCGAGCACCACCCCAAUGGAGGGAGAGAACAUGGGAGGUUGGUGGCCCGAGUACAGUACUCCUGACACAGACGGCCUCCGGUCCGUCGUGGAGGAGCUUGAGCUGGAAAGAAACCAGCUGCAGGAGCACAUCCUGAUCCUGGAGGAGCGCUGCCAAGACCUGGAGGACCGACUGCAGCUCCAGGCCCGAAUAGAAGCCUUGCAGAACGAGACAGAGAAGCUACAGAGUCAGCUCUCCAGUGUUCGGAGUCAGCAGAGCAGAGAUGCUGAGAAGCACCAGCUGCUGGUUAGCAGCCUCAACGAGCAGCUCAGAGGUCUGACUGACACUCAGGAGAGCCUGGAAAGUUCCCUAAAUGAGAAGGAGACGGCGUUGGCCAAAACAUCUGAGAAGUUGGAGCUCAUCAGUCAUCUCCGAGAGAUGCUGAGUGAGAAGGAGAUCCAGGUCAAAGACGUGUCUGAGAAGCUGCUUCAGACGGAGCACAACCUGGAUAAUGUCACUAAGAGGUGCAGCAGCUCUGAGAAACGAUGUUCUGACCUGACAGCAGAAGUCUUAGAUCUCACGCAGAAGCUGAACGUGCUGAAGGAGAAGGCACAGAAGCAGGAUGUUACCAUAGAAACGUUACAAUCAGAGCUGGAUCAGAUGAACGAGGAGCUCGACAAGCUAAACACCUCUCACCUGGAGGAGCGGGCUCAGCUCAUCCACGACCUUCAAAGCUGCGAGCGGCAAAUUGAUAUUCUGAAAGAAGUUGUCACAGAAAAGGACAAAGAGAUCAUAAACCUGACGGGGAACCUGGAGGAGUACGCCGAACAGGUUGUUGUUUUAAAGGAGGAGAUGAAGCUGAAGGAGCAGAGCUUGAUCCAGGUGGAGGCGGCUCUGAGGAAAGCCGAACGGGAGUUGGCUGUAAUCAGUGACUCACAGAGUGCAGACCAACAAGUCCUAAACAGCAGGAUCACAGAACUGGUGGGGAAACUCCAGGAAGCUGAGAUGGAGGUGGAGAAAACCAAAGAGGAGCGAGAGUCUAAAGUCGCGGAGGUGAAACAUCUGAUCAAAAAAGUUGGAGACGAUAAGAGAGUGAUCCAGCAGCUACGAGAAGAGAUCCAGAAACAGACUGUGAGCCAUCAUGAGCACCUCUCUGAGUGUGAAACGCACGUCUCGUCUCUGAAGGAGCAGCUGGUGCUUUCGGCCCAAAAGCUGCAGGAGUCUGAAGCAUCUGCGGCACGGCUGCUGGGCCGAGAAGAAACGCAUGAAAAGGAGCUUAAAUCCUUCAAGGAAGAACAAAAUAUUUUUUUAGCUCAAGUAGAAAAAUACAGCAAGGAAGUUCAGACUUUGUCCAAAAAACUAGAGGAGCACGCGCAGAACGAAGAGCAGCUCAGGAACACCGUGCAGGAGAAGCUGGAAGCUGUGGUAUCUCUGGAAAACCAGUUAAAGGUAGCCGGAGAACAGAUGGAGGAUGGGAGGCAGAAGUUUGAUCAAAAUCUGAAAACCAUAGAUUCAGAAAAUCAGAGGUUAACCAGUGAACUUCAAACCAAGUCAGAGAAUGUCUCCAAACUGGAGAGUCUCCUAAAAAGCGCAGAAAGUGAUAAGCAGCAGCAGGAAGAGAAGCUUAUAGUUCUAAAUGAGGAGCUGGAGCUGCAGAAGCAUCAGGUGAAGGAGCUGAGUGAGAAGGUAGCAUCUGCUCUUCAGCUGAAUGUCAGUCUGGAGAAUCAAGUUCAGGUUCUCACGGAGCAGAGAGAGAAUCUUCAGCUAGAAAGAACCCAACAUCUUCAGAACGUCUCCCAGGUUACCGCUGAAGUCGAAUCUCUGAAAACAAAAGUAUCUGCAUCUGAAACACAACUUUCUGAAAAUCUCAAAACUAUUCAGGAGCUUCGAGGAGCAAAGGAGGAGUUGAACCGAGUGAUCGAGCAAAGCUCUCUCUCAAACUCGGAGAUCUUGCUGGAAAAAACCAACGAGUGUAGUCGACUUAGCCAGUCGCUCAGGGAUAAAGAGGAGGAGGCGGUUCGAAAGCAGGAACAAGUCCAGGGUCUGACUUUUCAGCUGGAGCAGCUGCAGCUGGACUUGGCAGAAAAGGAGCGAGCAGCUGAAGAUCUUCAGACACUAGUGAAAAGUCACCAGCAUCAACAGACGCAGCUGGAGGAAACAUUAUCGCUGCUUCGGCAGCAAGAAUCCAGUCUGAGAUCUGGUUUGGUGGAAAGGGACGAGAUGCUGAAGCAGAAGAAAGAAGAAGUCCAGAGUUUACAGGAACAGAUCAGAGUUGAGAAAAAGCUCAAAUCUGAUCUCAAAUGUGAAGCAGAAGCGCUUCAGGAGGAGCUCUCGGAGCUGAGACGAGAACUUAAAGAGAUGAGUCAAACAUCUAAAGUUCAGCUGAAUGAGAGAAACGAGGCGCUGAAGGCUCUGAACGAGCAGAUCGGGACGCUCCAGUGUGAGGCUGAGGUUAGAAAAGCAGAGCUGGAUCAUUUUAACUGCAACUUCCAAACUCUCUCAGAGGAAAACCGACAACUUCAGGAUGCCUGUGAGCAGAAACAAACGGAGCUUUCUCGGAAAACAAAAACCAUCUCCGAGCUCUCGGAGCAGCUCGGAGCGUCUCUGGAACAGAAAUCAAGUUUAAGUGUCCAGAUUAGCGGACUGACGGAGGAAAAUCAAAGAUUACAGGAAGAGUUGAAGCAGAUAACUACAUCCUGCUCUGAGCUCACAGCAGAGAGAUGUUCACUGCAAGAAAAAACAUCUAGGCUUCAAAUCCAUAUUUCAGAAAAUCAGAGGACAAUCGAAGCCCUGUUGAAGGAAAAAGAGGAGCUCUCAAUGGCAACGGGAGAGCUGAAGAAGCUUCUGCAGGAAAACCUGGAGUCCAACUCUGCACGUCUGCUUGAAAAGACAAACGAGUGUUUUCUUUUGUCCAGCAGUCUGAGGGAGAAAGAGGAACUCCUUCUGAGUUUGAGUGAGCAGAUGAAUAACCUCACAGUGCAGGUUGGUCAGCUCAGCGUGACCCUAAACGACAAGGACAACAUGGUCUCGGAGCAGAAGUCACAGCUGGAGGCUCAGCAAACCCAAAUAGUCCAACUCCAGGAGACCAUAUCCAUGCUUCAGGAGCAGGGGUCGGUUCUGAAGGCAGGGCUGGUGGAGAAGGACACCAUGCUCCAACAGAAAGCAGAAGAGAGUCGAUUUGAUCAAAAUGAGCUCCUGCUUCAGAAGAACCUGGUGUCAAAGCUGCAGGAGGAGGUGGAGUCACUUAGACAAUAUGUUUCAGAGGCAACACAGCAGCUGGAGGAAAAAGAACAGGCUUUAGAGGGAGUCAACAGCGAGUGUCGGAGCGUUAGAGAUGAGCUGAAUAAACGAAACGAGUCUGUUUUCUCCCUCAGUGGUCAGCUCGGGGUCAUGAAUCAGAGCGCUGCAGAGAUGGAGGCUGAGAUCACACGUUUGAAGGCUUUGGAGCAGAAACUCGCCUCAGAAAACCAGCAGCUGAUUCGCGACGAGCAGCAGAAGAAGGCAGAGAAGAUUGAUUUAGAAGACAACAUCCAGGCUCUGAAGGAUCAGAACACCAAACUCAAAUCUGAACUUCAGAAAACCAUAAAGGAAUUCUCUGACUCCCAGGAGCUCAUCACCCGUCUCAGAGCAGAAGUGUCUGAGAAGGAAGGAGAACUCAGAUCCACUCGUUCUGAGUCAGAGACUCUAAAGUCGGGGGUCCAGGAGAAAGAGGACAUCCUGCGGACACAGGAGGGUUUGAUCCAGCAGCUCAGCAGUCAGGUCUCUGAGCAAGAAGAGCAGCUCAAACGGAGCACAGACUACAAACUUGGCUUACAGAAGCAAGUUUCUGAGCUCCAAGACUCGAACGGUCAGCUCAGAGGUCAGGUUGACCGUCUGACCUCAGAGUCAUGUGAGCUGAAAACCAGUCUGGAGAAGAACCAGGAACAUCAGAGCCACUCUUCUGCUGCUGUCGAAAACCUCAGCUCUCUUCUGAAAACCAAAGAGGCCGAGUGCGAAAGCCUGAAAGAAUCUGUCACAAAGCUAAGCAGCUCCCUCCAGGAGCAGAUCCGAGAAGCAGAAAGUCUCCGAUCGGCAUCAAGAGAAGCAGAAACUGCUCUUCUGGAGCGCUCCAAGUUUCUGGAGGACGUUCAGAGACGAGCAGACGAGGCUUCGCUCUUCAAGGCUCAGUUCAUGGAGAGCACAGAGUUGGUAUCCCAGCUGCAGAGUCACAUCCAGCUUCUGUCCUCCGAGUCCCAAAACCUGAAGAAGUCCUCAGACGAGACGCAAAGUGCCUUCAACAACCUGCAGGAAAAGUUCACAGGUAACUUAGAGGAGCUACAGGCUGUGAGGAAACAUCUGUCUGAUAAAACCGGCGAGGUCUUCGGUCUCCAGGCUCGAUUAGAGGAGUCCGGCAACGAACAGCAGAACGCAAAAACUGCGAUGGAAACAUUAAGACGCGAGGUGUCCCUGAUCAGAGACCAGCUGCAAAAAUCUGAAACCUCAAACUUUAAUCUGUCUAAAGAAAAAGACGAAGCUUUAGCUUCUCACCAGGCCAGUGUGAGUCAGCUGACCUUUGAGAUAGAAAGACUCAAAUCCCAGCACCUCCAGGUUGUAGCUCAGAUGAACGCGCUGACGGAAAACCUGGAGCAGAGAGAAAUGGCUCUUCAUGCAAUAAAUAAUCAGUACGGCGCUCAGGCCAAGCAGGCGGCGCAGCUGAUCUCAGAACUGCAGAAAGUGGAGGAGCAGAACAAAACCCUGAAGGAGGAGAACCUUCAGCUGCACGCUGCUGUCGGCGAGGAGAACUCGCGCUUACAAACAGAAGUUAGGAAGCUUCUGUCUGAAAAGGAGGAGCUGGAGCAGAAACACCACCAGGUCUGGGCGGAGCUGCAGAGUCAGCUGGAGAAAACCGAGUCCGACAAGCAGAGCCUUCAAGCCCAGGUUAGUGCCAGAGACGAAGAGCUGUCUCGCUUUAAAGAAAACGUUCAAAGUGUAGAGCAGGUUCUGCAGGAUUCAGAGAGAGAGUGGCUGUUGGUUCUGGACAGGGAGAAGCAGGACAAGAGUCUGCUCUCAGAGCAGUUAAUAAGACUUGAAAAUGAAAUGAAAUCUAAAGAUGUUAAAGUAAUUGCUUUGAAGCAGGACUUGGACAGCCUGCAGGAGAAGUUAGCAGAAGCUUCUGCUAACUUCCGUCGGGGUUCUGAUCAGCUGAGCGCCAAAGAGUCAGAGGCGUCGGCGUCCAGACUCCAACUUCAGAAGGUUUUAGAGUCCAUUCAGGAUAAAGAGAAAGAGAACAAGAGCCUUCAGCGCACUUUUAGAUCUGUGGAAGAUCACCUUCGAAAACUAGUCGUGAAAGAUAUAGCUGCUGUUUCAAACCGGGAAGAAUCUUCUUUACAGGACCUGCUGAAGCAGCUAGAAGACGGACAUCAGGCUGAGAUCAGCGCUCUGAGAAGGGAGCUGGAUCAAACUGCCGCACAGCUGCAGGAAGAGAGGAACAGAGAGGAAAAGGCUCAGAUGUUACAGACUCAGCUGGAGGCACAAGUGGAGAAGGUGAAACACGCUUCUGACAGGUUCUCCUCGUUGGAGUCUGAGCUGAGAGCAAACGAGGAACAAAUGAGCUGCAUGGGUGUUCAGAUCAGUCAGCAGAAGGAUUUACUGUCAGGCCUCAGUCAGCAGUUAAAGGACAAAGAUGCAUCCAUCACCCAGGUCAUGGAGUCCGCCUCCAACGAGAGGAUGAAGCUUGUCGAGGAGAAUCGGUCUCUGACAGGGCAGCUGGAGGAGACGCAACAAGCUCUUCAGACCUCAGAGAGGAGGCUCCAGGAGGUUCUUCAGCAGCUGGAGGAGACGCAACAAGCUCUUCAGACCUCAGAGAGGAGGCUCCAGGAGGUUCUUCAGCAGCUGGAGGAGACGCAACAGGCUCUUCAGCCCUCAGAGAGGAGGCUCCAGGAGGUUCUUCAGCAGCUGGAGGAGACGCAACAAGCUCUUCAGACCUCAGAGAGGAGACUCCAGGAAGUUUCACAGCAGCUGGAGGAGAUGCAACAGGCUCUUCAGACCUCAGAGAGGAGGCUCCAGGAGGUUCUUCAACAGCUGGAGGAGACGCAACAAGCUCUUCAGACCUCAGAGAGGAGGCACGAGGAAGUUUCACAGCAGCUGGAGGAGACGCAACAAGCUCUUCAGACCUCAGAGAGGAGGCUCCAGGAGGUUCUUCAACAGCUGGAGGAGACGCAACAAACUCUUCAGACCUCAGAGAGGAGGCACGAGGAAGUUUCACAGGAGCUAGAAGAACUUUCUGAAAUCAAGAGCAGGACAUCAGAGCUGAUUAAAGAGAAGGAGGAUCUGCAGAAGGAGCUCAUCGUUGUUUCUAAAGAAAAGGACGUGAUGAAGAAGAAGCUUCAAGCUGCUCUCGUCGUAAGGAAAGAUCUACUGAAAAGAAUCGAGGAAUAUGAAAAGCACAAAGAAGAGAAAGUAAACAACAACACGCCAGAUCUACAGGAACAGCUGGUUGAAAUGACAAGUCAGGCUCAAGCUGCUGCACAAGCUUAUAAAGUAACAGUUUCUCUUCUAGAAACCAGGAUCAUCCAGAAGGAGGAGGAGAUACUGGAGAUCAAAGCAGAACACAAGAAGAUGGUAGAACAUUUACAGUCUGACAAAGAAGUCCUGCAAACUGUUUUGAAGGAGAAGGACUUGGUCAUUGAGCAGCUGGAGUCCAGAGCUUCAAACAGAGAAGAGGAGUUCCAACAAGACAGAAACAGUCUGAUUCAGAAGCUAGAAGACCUCCAGAAUGAGACCAGGAUGUGUAAAGAUGAGCUGACGGACAAAGCUUCUGCCCUGGCGGAUUUAGAAAAGCGGCUGACGCAGAUGACGUUAGAGAAAACGGCUCUGCAGAAGAAGGCCCAGGCUGCUCUGCUCGCUCGCAAAGAAACCAUGAAGAAAGCUCAAGAGAAUGAGAAGAAGUUAACUCAAGAACUUUCUGAUGUCAAAGAUGAGCACAAUGCGCUUUUUGAGCAACAUCGUCAGCAAAAGGAGGAGCUGGAAUCACUCCAGCUGAACCUUGACAAGAAGCUCCAGGAGCUGGACCACCUCCACAAAACGUCCACGUCUUACAUGGAAGAGCUGAACACUUUAAAACGGCUCGUUGUGGAGAGAGAUGAAUCCCUACAGGAUGCAAGGAUGCGCCUGGAAACGGAGCUGGAAGCCAGCAGGUCCAGAUUUCACAGCAUUUCUCUGGAAAUGUCCCAGAAAGACGAGGCUUUGAGGGCUAUCCAACGGAGGAAAGCUGUUUUGGAAUCGGCCCUGCAGAAUGCGCAGCAUGACCUGGAGAAGGUUCAGACGGAGGUGGAACGGAGAACAGAGGAGAUGGAGAAAUAUCAGGAAGCAAUAAAGUCAACUGAGCAGGAGAACCGGGCCUUAUCGAACAGAAACGCUGCUCUAGAGGCGGAGCUGGAGCAACAAAAACACCUGAAUGAGGAAAAGUUUCAAGUUUUAUUACAAAAAAGAGACGCUCUGGAUCAAAGUCAUCUGCUGAAAGUUUCAGAGAAUUCUUCUGAUCAUUCACCCAAGCGGCAGCGUGCUGACGACAAACAUGAAGCUCUGCUGAAAUGUUCUGAAACACAGAAUCAACUGGAUCUGUCAAAACAGGAGAAAGAUGAAGUCACUGGUCAGCUUCAGGAUGAAAUGAGUUCACUAAAACAGCAGAAACCCGAAACCUUCAGCAACCAGGCGGACGGGAGCCAAGGCGCUGCCUCCUGCAGGUCUGCUGAAGUUCUAGAGGUGGAGCUGAGGGAGAAAAAUGAAGCUUUGUUAGUUUCUCAGGCUCAAGUUUCUGAAAAAGAUCAACUAAUCACUUCACUUGAGGUUCAGCUACAGCAGCAAAUGAAAACGCAUCAAAUGACGGUUGAGAAGAUGAGAACUGAAGCUGAAGGUCUGCAGAAAUCAGCAGAAGAAAACCGCAAGACCAAAGAUCAGGAAAACCAAACCAAAAUACUCACCCGGAAGCUCCAGGCUUCUUUAGUUUCCAGGAAAGAACUCAUGAAGGAGAAUUCCUCGCUGAAGGAGGACGUGGAAAAGCUUUCCGCUAAACAGGAAGCUAAGGAAGCGGAGUGUUCUGAUCUGAGAUCAGCUGUGGUGAAGUUGAAACAGCAGAAUCUGGACCUGGAAAGUUCUGUGUCCUCCGCCAUCAGAGAGAGAGACGGGCUGAGCUCGGAGGCUGAUCGGAUCCUGAGCGAGAACCGCAGCUUGUCUGCCGCCUGCGACAGCCUGAAGCUGACCAUAGAGAGCAUCACUCAGCAGAAGCAGGCCUUCUCCUGUCAACUCGAGUCCCUCAAAGACUCUCAGGCCGAGGAGCUGUCCAAGUGGAAGUCCAAACACGCCGAACUGAAACAGGAGUACGAGUGUCUGCUGCAGGCCUACGAAAACGUCAGCAGUGAAAUGGACAAGAUGAGGCAGCUGUUAGAAGGAGCCAAACGGGAGCGGCAGGAGCUCCUCCACAAAAUACACGACCAUGAGAACCAGGCGGAGGUUCUGGAGCAGCGAGCCCGGGAGGCAGAGGAGGAAAACGCAAGGGUCAAAGAGAGGAUGCACAAAUUUACCAAAGAGAAACGACAGAAGGUGGAAGAGCUGGAGGAAGAGAAUCAGAAACUCAGGGGAGACCUCGUAGAGCUGGAGGGAAACCACAAAACGCAAACGAGUGAAAUAAGAACUAAAAACCUGCAGCUGGAGGAGGAGAUUUCCCGUCUAGGAGACUCCUUAGAGGAUCUGAGAGGAAAACUUGCCGAAAUUCGUGCAGAAAACGGACGGCUGUUUGGAGAACUGGAAUCAGCUCGCUGUGCUUUGGAAGAGAAACACUCGGAGUCAAACCAAUAUUCAAACAACAUGCAGCUGAAGCUGGAUGAAGCUCUCAGUUUGAACAACUCGCUGACUGCUCAGAUCCAAGCCCAGAAAACAGAACUGAGCUCCCAGCUGGAAAUAAACGGCUUGUUACAGAAGGACAAGUCGGAUCUGUGUGAGAGGAUCAACCAGAUUCACAAUGAUCACGAGCUGCAGCUGGGAUCGAAGGACGCCGCCAUCAGAGAGCUAAAGGACAUCAUCAACAAGCACAGCCAGGAGGCCAUCAACCUGAACGAGAAGGUCAGAAUCCUGGAGGACGACAAGUCCCUCCUCCAGGAGGAGCUGGAGAACACCCAGGAGGCCUCAGACAAGGUGAAAAAUGAAAAGGAAUAUUUAGAAACGCUCAUCCUGAAGAAUUCAGAAACAAUUGAUGAGUUGACCGAGUCCGUGAGCGUUCUCCAGACUCAGAACGCUCAGCUGGCGGCGCAGCUCGAAGCGGGUAAAGAGACGAGCAACCGGAUCUGCAGAGAGAAGGAGCAGGAGCAGCUGAAGUUGGUGAGGGAGUUUGAGGACAAACUCAAGAGCGUCCAGAGAGGAAACGAAGGCUCAAAGAAUGCAAAGAGAGAGCUGCAGGAGCUUCUGAAGGAGAAACACCAGGAGAUCAACCAGCUGCAGCAGAACUGCAUCAGGUACCAGGAGGUGAUUCUAGAUCUGGAGGGCGGGUUGAAGCGCUCGCAGUCGGCAUGUGAACAUCUGGACAAGGAGCUGAAGAGGAGCUCUCAGAAGAUGUUUGUGUCAGAGGAGAGGCAUGAACAGGUGGUGGAGGAGUUGAUCAGGCUCAGGAAGCUCCUCCAGGAGGCCGCAGAGAAGAUGACGAGUGUCGAGUCAGAGCGAGACCAGCUGGCUUCUCGAGUGUCGCAGCGCAACAAACAAAUGGAGAAAUCGGAAUCUUCUGAAAGAGUUCCUGAAAGAGUUCCUGAAACCAUCUCCUACACGCAGAAUCAGCUACAGCAACAACUGGAGGAGCUGAAGAGUCUAAACCAGAGAGAACGUCAGAAACUGGACGAGCUGACGCAGCAGCUGGACUCUAAAAACCUUCAGAUCAACGCUCUGAGAAGAUCAGCUGAGACGUCCGAAGCCAAGCUGUCUGCGUUGUCUUCAACUCCUCACGGAGCCGAUGCCUCCAGACUGUGGGAUGAGCUGUACCAACGGAGCCUUAACGAGAAGGACAAGCAGCUGCUAGAACAAGGCUCAAGGAUCACCAGGUUCCUGGACGACAUGAGGAGAAAAGAUCAGGAGGUCAACGAGCUGCGAGUGGCCAAAUCGAGACUAGAGAGGACGCUAAACGAGUACUCUGUCGCUGCUGCCGCCCAUCAGAGGCAGACGUUCAUCAUGAGCGCCACCAACGCCGAGCUGAGUGAGAACACGGAGCUUCUGUCGGUCCAGGUGAAGGAACUUAGUGCUCGAGUGGAGAGAGUUGACCAGGAAAAAAAUGCUCUGAAUCGUCAGCUCGCUGACUCGGAGGACCGGAUCUCUCAGCUGCAGCUUGACCUCCAGCAGGCAGAGAAGAUCAACGCGGACGCAGAAGCUCAGCUGCAUCUCUUACAGAGUCAACGUGAUGCGAUCCAGGCUGACUUCCAGAAGCAGGAGGGAAUCUCCCUCCAGCUGAAAACACUCCUUCAGAACAAAGACGCCGAGAUCUCAUCCUUGCUCUCCUGUAAGGACGGCCAGAUGUCGGGGUAUCUGGAGCAGCUCCAGGCAAAUUAUAGAAGCCAAGCGUCUGUUUACGAGGACAGGCUGACGUCUUCACGCCACCAACGGGAAAAGGCAGACAAAGAGACGAGGGCGCUGGAGGCUAAGGUCAAAAAUCUGCAGCAUCAGCUGAGCAGGUCCGUCCAGGAGAAGGAGCAGAUGGAGGCGAAGAUGGAGUCGUUCAAGAAUUCUAUGGCGUCUCUGCAGAGCGAACGGGAGCGUCUGACAUCUGAAAACAGGAUCCUGGAAGCAAAGAGCCAGUUACGGCUGAAUCACAAAGAUGGCUCCGCUGGCGGAGAAGGAGGUGGAAGUAAAGGCUUCAAACAGGAGAUCAGAAAGCUGCUGCAUCAGAUGGAUGACCUGAACUCUGAGAACGCCAUGCUCCGGGCUCAGCUGGUGCGCUACAGGGAGGAUUUAAAUCAGGUGCUGUCCCUUAAAGACAACCAGCUGAAGGUUCUGCUUCAGAAGCAGCAGGACACCAUCAGAACCCUGGAAAACCAGAAGGCUGCAGCUGAGAGGCAGAUCAGAAGGUUUCAGAUGGAGCUCCAGGAGAAGGAAGAAUCAUCCGAUCAAAUGAAAGCAGAGAAUUCCCAACUGAGAGCUCAGAAGUCCAAACUGGAAGCAGAAGUUUUAACCCAGAAGGAGCAAAGAGCCUCAACGAAUGAGAGCAGGGUCAUCGCUGACCUACAGGAAGCCGUUCAGGCCAAAGCGUCUGAAUCUAACCUCCUCCAGCAGAAGCUCCUCUCCCAGAAAGCCUCCAUCAACGAGCUCCAGGACAAGAUGAAGCUGCUGGAAGGUGAAACCGAUAAAAAGCUGUCAGAAGCUGAUGACCGGUACAACAGUGAGCUGGAUGCGUUUGAGCGAGAGGCAGCGCUGAUGAGAAAUGAGAAAGAAACGGCGGAGCGGAGGGUGGCGGAGCUCGCCAAGGAGCUGCUGGACCUGGAGCAGCAGCUGUCAGAGACCAGGUCACAGACUAAAGACCUCAGAGCUCAGAACGAGUCACUCUGCAAAGCCAUGGCAGCCCUGCAGGACGACCGGGACCAGCUCAUCGAGGACUUCAAGGUCCUCAGGAGCAGGUAUGACGAGGACCUCCAGCGGUCCCGGGCGGCCCUGAACAAGGUGGAGCGCAGUCUGCAGGACACGUCUUCAGACCUGGCCAUGGUGGCCAAGGACAGAGACGUCCUCGUCCAAAGACUAAAGGCUGUGGAGAGCAAAGAUCCAGAAACGGAGCUGAGCAAGCUGCUAGAUGAGGUGUCGAAGGAGCUGUCAGAGAAAGAGCGGAACCUGAAGCAGGUGGUUCUGGAAAACGACACCUUCAGCCGGCAACUGUCAGCAUUCUCCAGAUCCAUGGCUAGCCUGCAGAACGACCGCGACCGGCUGAUGGACAAGCUGGCUGGAGCCAGACAGGCGUCCGGCCCAGACCUAAACCCAAACCGAGGGUCCGUCAGAACCCCGGAGAGCCCGGCAGACGAGUCGGUUAAGAGAGAAACAGCCACUGAGCUGCAGCAGGCAGGCGGUGAAACUCAGGAUGGAUCCACAGAUCAGAGGUCUGAAGCUGACAGGAAGGAGCUGCUGCCAAUUAAACUGGAAGCUGCUGCUUUGGCAGGUCGGAGUUCACAUGAGGAGGUGGUGAGUCAGUUGCAGGCUGAGAGGAUGCAGCUUCACAGAGAUCUGCAGCGCUGCAUUUAUGAGAUCCAACAACGGGACCGGUACUUCCAGCAGCUCGACACCAAACUGCAGCAGGCGGUGGAGGAGAAGUCAGCUGUUACGUCUCAGCUCAGAGCCGUUUCUCAAACACUCAGAGACACUCAGAACCGCUGCCACUGGCUGGAAAGUCAGGUCCAAGGCCAGGUUCAGGGCUCGACGUUCACUGAAGUCGCUCCAGGAGCUCCUCAGGAGAGGAGCAACGAAUCCAUGAUGAGUGAACCUUCUGAAGCCACUCAGCUCAGAGAAAGGUUGCUCGAGGUGGAGCUGAUUCUAGCCGACGAAAGAACGAGGAGAGAAACGGCAGAGGAGGCGCUUCGUCUCUCCGAGGACAGAUCCAAGAGCAUCAAAUCCAAAGAUGUUCAGAAGGAUUUCAGCGUCCAGAUGGAGACGGAGGAGGAGUGGGAGGCUCUGAGUCUGAACCCAAAUCAGCCGCUGAUCACCCGGAAGGUGAAAGGUGGCAUGGUGGCAUGUCGUCGGUGGCUCAGGGGGCGGAGCUUCUACUUCUCUAGACUUCUGACAAGUCGCGCUCGCUCUCGAUACAUCUUCCUGGCAUACCUGCUAAUGAUCCACGUGCUCGUGCUCAUGUGCCUCACCGGUGCGCUGUAGCGGACUCCUUCAGUCCGACCGACAGUUAGAAAUGUUUUUAUUUGUAGUUUGACGAAACACUAGAACCAGCAGCAGCUGGACGCGAACACUACCUGUGAGGAGGAACGGCGUUUCGUUCCGUUCCUGCUAUCUGUAAAACAAGCCUUAAAGCACCUUUCGGUUUAGAGGAGAACACGGAGGACUCCUCUGCUGGCUCCAGAUCAGCUUUAUGUCGUAAGAUGAGACCAGAACCCUGGGCGGAACCCGAAAGCGCAGAGAGCCAUAAACAACUCAGGGUUCUGUCUGCGCUGCCUUCACGAGCAUCCGGAACACCUGCUGCUUCACUCACCUGCCUGAAGUCAUGAGUUGCACAUAAUCAUAAUGCUGAGUUCAAACUAUGCACUGAAACGUGGCUGAAGUCAGGAGGCACCACCCCGCUCCCUUUAACACCAAAGCUGCUUGGUCUUUGGCUCCAACUCCCCCCCAGAGGGAGGAGACGAUGAUGACGUGACCCUAACUGUAUCAGAGUGCUAUUUCAGCACAAACCGUAUUUAUGAUUAUUUAUGUGGAUCAGCUGUACAUGAUGUCUGUAUGUAAAUAAGCCUUUCUGAUGUUGGACGACUGUACAUUUCCUCCUGGAUUGUCCACUAAUGUAAAAUGUAAAAUACGAAGCAACAGUUUUAUAAAACCGUAUCAGUUGAUGAGUUUUUUGUUUGUUUUUAAGAUGGUAAUAGUAACGGUAUCAGCGUACGUCUGAGGCUUCCCAUCUCGUUAACUGAUCCAGUUUUAUUUUGAAAAGCUGCGUUUCCUUUUCGCUGCUGUCAUCAGUUGUACAAACGAUGAUUGGAAAUGAAGAACCAAAUGUAUUUAUGAAAAAAGUCAAACUACUGAAAAAAAUGUUUUCUCCAUAGCCUCUGUUUUUGAUCGAUGACACGAGGUUAAACUGUGCAAUACUGAGUCGGGGGUGGAGGUCUCAGACAGGUGAAUCAAAUAAACGGGAGUCUUCUUCA